UGACAAUUCCAGAUCCAGUUGACUGAGCCUAAGCCUCUCUCAGAUCUCCUCCGGCCACCAUGACAGUCGGCACCACCAUGGCGUUCUGUUAUGCUAAUAUUAGUUAUAACGAAGACGGUAGCACAACCGACGAUUACUUCAACAGGUUUCCCCCUGGUUAUAGGUUCUGUCCCCGUGACUGCGAGCUGAUAGAACAUUACUUGAUGAAGAAGUUAUUGCAUCAGUGCUUGCCGCAUCAUCGUAUUCGCCAGAUUACAAGUGUCUAUGAACUCAGUCCACAGCAUCUGACUGGGAUGUUCAAGCAAUAUAGAGAGAAAGAGUGGUACUUCUUCACUCAUGCAAAUGAGGGUGAUGAGGCAACAAUGGAGUAUCAUAAUGAUAUUAAUGGAUAUUGGAAGGUGAUCAUGGUGGAACCCAUUAUUGAUCAAAAUGGGGAAGCCAUAAUUGCAAACAAAAGAUCACUUGAUUACUAUGAAAAAGGAAUGAGAACAAAUUGGAAAAUGCAACAAUAUCACAUUACUUCUAUCCCAAACAUCCCAAGGGACAGUGAGAGGAACAAGGAAAAAUAUCCGGGGAAGCCAAGCUAUUUUUCAUGGCUUGGCUUGAAAAUCUUGUUUGAUCAAUGGAUUUUGUGUAGGAUAUAUACGGAGAAUAAUAAGAUCAUUGAGACUGACAAGGAAGAACAGGCUGACAAGGAAGAAGAGGUAGACACCGAUGAGGAAGAAGAUGAAGCAAAAGAUGGAGCAAAGAAGAUUUUGACUCUAAAUGGACCGACAUACAAGAAAGAAAAGAAUAUGAAUGAGAAUGAUGAGGAAAAGGAGGAAGAUGAAGAGGAAGAAAGAAAAGGGAGCAAGAAUUGAUUUUGAUUCUUAGAAAGGAGUACUACUUUAUUUUUCCCUAUUUUUGAGAAUAAGUUUAGUUUUUUCAUAAUCAAGAAUAAGUUUAAUU